AUGCCGAUCUACAACAGUACCACGACUUACAUUGGCCUAGAAGUGAGCGCAAAUAGUGGCGACAUCUCAAUUUAUGGCUCGACAGAGACCUUCUCACCUACCGAUUUCGUUAUUAACCAUCGUGGAUAUAUAUACGCAGAAACUAGUGGGACAUACACCCUUACCACGGAAAACGAUGAUGAUAUCAUGUUCGCCUGGCUAGGGUCCGCGGCAUAUAGCGGUUGGGAUAGAGCGAAUGCGAACCUGACGUAUGUCGUUGGCAUUAACACGGGUCCUAUAAGCGUGUCAGCGGAGCUACACCAGGGCCAUUACUAUCCCAUCCGCUUGGUAUAUGCCAAUGCCCCAAGUCAAGGUAUUUUUAACGCGACUGUCACUUCUCCCUCAGGAGAAAUCAUUCUGGGGCAAAACACGGCUGCCAGCCCGUCUGUGAUACAAUACUCGUGUGAUGGGGUCUCAGCGCCCCUAUAUCCGCCAUUUGGCUACGAGACCUGA